CAGUUUCAAACAAUGAAGUCUCUUCACUUUUCAAUGUCUCCAUUUCUUUUUGUUGUUCUCUUCUCAUUGUCAUGGGCAAUUUCAGCUCAUGCUGAUGAGAAUUUUCUUGAUUGCCUUUCUCUUCAUUCCAAUGACUCUUCUUCCAUUUCAAAAGUUAUCUACACCCAAAAUAAUUCCUCUUAUUCAUCUGUUUUAGACUCUACCAUUCGAAAUUUUAGAUUCAAUACGCCAACUACCCCUAAGCCUUUUGUCAUUGUAACACCGCUGCAUGUUUCCCAUAUUCAAGCAACAAUUUAUUGUUCAAGAAAGCAUGGAUUCCAAAUUAGAAUUAGAAGCGGUGGUCAUGACUUCGAAGGUCUUUCUUAUGUCUCUGAAGUUCCAUUUGUCAUUGUUGAUAUGGUUAAUUUACGAUCAGUUGACAUUGACAUAGAAAACAAAGUUGCAUGGGUUCAAUCAGGUGCGAUUCUAGGAGAACUGUAUUACAACAUUGUAGAACAAAGCAACGGUACUCUUGCCUUUCCAGCUGGUCUUUGCCCCACUGUAGGAAUUGGAGGGUACUUAAGUGGAGGCGGUUAUGGCUUAUUGUUUCGAAAAUACGGUCUUGCAACAGAUAAUGUUAUUGACGCACAGCUUGUUGAUGUUAAAGGGAGAGUUCUCGACAGAAAAGCCAUGGGAGAAGAUCUGUUUUGGGCCAUUCGAGGUGGAGGAGGGGGUAGCUUUGGAAUUGCUGUUGCUUGGAAAGUACAGUUGGUUUCAGUUCCAGCAACUAUGACUCUAUUCACAAUCACCAAGACCUUGGAACAAAAUGCGACCAAACUUAUUCAUCAUUGGCAAUCGGUUGCACCCAAACUUCCAGAUGAAUUUUACUCCGGUGUUACUGUAACAAGGGUGAAUUCUAGUCAAGAUGGGAAGAUGACGAUUCUAGCUUCCUUCCAUGCUUCCUUUCUUGGGGGCAUUGAUGAGCUAAUUCCAUUGAUGCAAGAGAGAUUUCCUGAGCUCGGAUUGGUGAGGGAAGACUGCACUGAAAUGAGUUGGAUUGAAUCGAUUCUCUACAUGGGCCAACUUCCGAAUGAAACCUUGAAUAUUUUACUUGAUAGGACUCUUCAAAGUCCUCUUCUGAGUCCUUCCUUCAAAUCAAAAUCUGAUUAUGUGAGGAAACCCAUUCCUGAAAUUGCAUUCCAGGGGAUAUGGUCAAAACUUUUUGAGGAAGAAGCACAUUCCGCAAGCAUAAGUUUUAUUGCUUAUGGAGGCAAAAUGGAUGAAAUUUCGGACUCUGCAACUCCAUUCCCACACAGAGCUGGCAACUUGUACAAAAUGGUAUACAGCGUGGGUUGGCAAGAAGAAGACAAUAUAAGAUCUCAACGGUAUAUAAGUUGGAGUAGGAGACUUUAUAGUUACAUGGGUUCCUUUGUUUCAAAAUCACCAAGGCAAUCGUAUAUCAAUUACAGAGACCUUGACAUCGGGACUAAUAGCAAGGGUAAGACAAGUUUCACUCAAGGAAGUGUAUGGGGUCGUAAGUAUUUCAUGAAUAACUUUGACAGGUUGGUUCAUGUGAAGACGAUGGUUGAUCCACAGAAUUUUUUCAGGCAUGAACAAAGUAUCCCUCCUCAUUUUUCUAGAUUGAAGAAAAACCAUCAUUAG